AUGAGUAGCUUACAUUUUCCGCCAUGGAGCGAGCAGCAAAACCUCUUUAAUAUAUCAUGCGCCGAUGCUGAGACGUAUAAUCAGCUGUCCAAUGUGGAUAAUCCAGUGCCGCAACUCCAACGUCGCGAUACUGAUCUUGGUAGCAAGAAAAUGGCAAUUCCGCGACUUGCGGAAGGAGCUGAGUCGGCUUUCACCUCGCCUGGCAGCGAAAGACGAAGUGUACUGGCGACAAGUCUGGCUGCCGCAACUGUCGAGAAGCUGGAAUCAUCUGCUGCUAUACUGAUGGCAAAAGAGAGAAGUCUAAACGCAAAGGUGCAGGCAUAUGAAGAUGUGAUCAGCAAGCUGAGCAAUCGAUUUGGAGUCUCUGAUGAACAGCUGGUAAACAUAGCCCUAGCAGCGGAAUUGGCCCCAGACGUGGCGCUUAACCCAGAUGCAUCCAUCACAACAGGCGGAGACCAAAAAUUCAUACUUUGGCGCUCUGGUUCGGAGCCACCACCCUCUCGAGCUUCAUCUGUUAGUCCUCUGGAAUCCGGAGACCAGACGGAGGAAGACUUCAACCGGGACGAAACCGCGCGAGCAACAGGGUUUAUCGGGAAAAGCUCCGAAAUUACUUGGCUCCAGAGGCUCAGCAAAGAAGUUAACAACGAAUGUGAAGCAUGGCCGGCCACUCUUCUCAACACAGAUGAUGUUAACGGUCUACCUUCGCCAACUUUGACGCCUAGACCAGAAAAUCCCAGUGAUCCAUGGGUGGUGUGUUCCAAUUAUUACGUUGAUGAUAUGGAUAUUCCAACUGCAGAUCAUGGUGAUGCUUGUGCAGUUCCAUCUCGUGAGCCAGCAACCAAAUUGCUCAAUGUCUAUCUGACCUCGGUGCAUCCAUCGUUUCCAAUCAUUGGGAUCUCGACAUUUGUCUCCCAGUUCCAGGUUUUCUUCAGUCAGCCAGCUCUCAAGCCAGGAAACAAGUGGCUCGCCAUACUGAAUAUGAUUUUUGCCAUUGCGUCAAAGUAUGGCCAAUUGACCUACGCGGAAUGGUUGGAUGAAGAAGAUGACCACCAAAUGUAUUUCUCAAGGGCGCGGGCUUUGAGUCUGGAAAAUCAGAUUCUCCAUCAUCCUGAUCUGCAACAGCUGCAAGUUGAAGGACUCACUUCGUUCUACCUUACCGGGGCGGGUCAUAUCAAUCGGGCCUGGAAACUAUCUGGAAUUGCGAUUCGAGGAGCAUUGGCUCUGGGAUUACAUCUCCGCAAUGUGGGCGCGAGCACUUCUGAUACUUCCAAGGAGAUUCGCUAUCGGGUAUGGUGGUCGCUCUAUACCCUUGAACAUCUCCUGACUGUCAUGACUGGCCGUCCCUCGUGUGUCAUUGAUAGUUCUUGCACUACACCCAUGCCGGUACCUUACGACGAAAGUGAUUUCCAGAAAGGAGAGGUCGCCCGACUAAUCAGCACAGACAGACGGAGUUUCUCAAUGUACUACGACCAAAUGCCAGCCAGCAAUAGCGGCGAGGACCGAGAGUCAUCAGCGGAAUCCGAAUCAAAUGAUGCGCCUGGAGAAAGCGAUAUAAAGAUGAAUAGAGCAGAGUAUCUCAAGAGCCUGCCUCCAUGCAUUUCAUUCUACUUCCUGCAGCUGUCCUCAUUGACUAGCAUCUCCAAGCGGAUGACAGUCAAACUCUACAGCCCAGAAGCACUGCAAUCACCAUGGGCAAGCACAGAGUUCACCAUCCAAAGCCUAAUGCUCGAGAUCGAUUCAUGGUUCAUGAACCUCCCCCCAGCCUACGAUUUCACUUCAACACAGACAUCACAAUGCCCCAUCAACCAGCGUAUGGGUUUAGCCUUCCUAUUCUACAGCACCAAAAUCGGCAUCACCCGACCAUGUCUGUGUCGCCUGAAGCAAGCGGAAUCAGAGGACGACAAGACAUACGAGUUCUGCAACAAAACUGCCGCAGAGUGUGUCGAGGCCGCGUGCCACAUGCUCACACUGUUCCCCGAUACACCAGAUGCAGCCCUGCUAUACCGCAUGUCGCCGUGGUGGUGUACCCUCCACUACCUGAUGCAGGCAGUUACAGUGCUCCUCCUGGAAUUGGCAUUUCACGCCCAACACGUCCCCGAAAAGGCAACCAUGGUCUCCAAAGCCGCGAAAAAAGCUCUGGACUGGUUGUCCACUCUAUCGAAGACGAGCCUUGCUUCUGAAAGAGCCUGGAGGCUUUGUGAUGGAUUCCUUCGCCGCCUAGCGCCACACAUUGGAAUCAAUGUCAACGAUUUCCCCAGCCAUGAAGAGUGUUCAACAGACACUCUCUUCCCUGACACCGCAGACCCUAUGGGCAUGGCAGAAGACCCAACUGGUGAUUUAUCAUUGGAUUUGGAUCCAUGUGCCCAUUUGCCUACGACUGCAGCUGUUGAUGCCAAUGCCACAGAGCUGGAUCCUAUCACCUGCUCGCCCAUAGAUCAACCAGAUAGUUCGAUUGGAGUGCAGCAGCCAUACGGUCUCGAAGCGCCAGAUUUCCUGGAUCAAUUCAUCAAGCAAGAGAUGGAUAUCUCGGAUCGCAGUCCUUACGAUGAGUACUUCCCCUAUGACCCUGCUACAGGUCAGAUUACGGGUUCAUUUUUCCCUUCUGGGAAUCUGGACCUUGACAUGGGGUAUUUCUGGGGUGACCCGGUCUGUUAA